GUUGUAAUCGUUACAUGAAGAGACUUCCAGAUUGGAUAGUUGGACUUUCGAAUUUGGAAACACUAGAUCUCACUUCUUGUUCGAGUCUUGUGGAAUUGCCUAGAGACAUUAAAAAAAUGAUCAACUUAAGGCAUCUCAUCUUGGAAUACUGUGAUAGAUUGAGUGGAAUGCCACGUGGAAUUGGUGAAUUGAAUGGUGUUCGUACAUUGAGUAGAUUUGUUUUGAGCGAAAGCAAUUGUUUGGGGAGGGGAGGAAGUGCUGGUCUUGCUGAGCUGGGGACCCUUAAGGAGUUAAGGGGAGACUUAGUCAUUGGCAAUUUGAGGCAUGUGGUGUCAGAAUCAAAUGUUGGUACACCUCUCAAGGACAAACAGCAUCUUUGUUCGUUGCAAUUGUGGUGGAUACUUCGAGAAGAUAUAAGCGCGGUUGAUGAGGAGGAUAUUAUAAAGUCAAUGGAAGUAUUGCAACCCCAUUCUAAUCUAAAGCAGUUGCAAGUGUGGUAUUAUGGUGGUGUGAGGUUUGCGAGUUGGUUUUCUUCUCUCAUAAAUAUUGUUAAUCUCGAAUUGUCGUUUUUUAAGAGAUGCCAACGUCUUCCGCCCUUGGAUCAUUUGCCUUCCCUUAAGUCUCUUACAAUGGUUGGGUUGCAAAAGUUGGAGUACAUAUCAGAGAAUGAGAGCAGUAAUAGUAUGAGUGAUGAGAUGAUGAGGAUCUCAUUCUUUCCCUCCCUGGAAAAGCUCUCCAUACAAGAUUGCCCUGUUCUGAAGGGAUGGUGGAGGGCCCACACUCAUAACAGUGACGAUUCUUCUUCAUCAACGGAAAAUCUGUCGUUACCUUCUUUUCCUCGUCUUUCUACAUUGUCUAUUGAUGAGUGUCCUAAUCUAAUGUCCAUGCCUCUGUAUCCAAAUGUGGAGAAAAUACAUCUUGAGAAGAGCAGCUGGAAGGUUGUUGAUUCCUUGUUUGUUAGAGGAGCAUCUGAUAUUACACAUGAAGUUGGUGUUGAUGUUUCUGCCUCUUCUUCUUCCCCUCAUCUGUCCAAAUUAACACAUCUGUCACUCCAUGCAAUUGAGGAUUUGGCAUCACUGCCAGAAGAAAUAAGCAAUCUCACGUCAUUGCAACACCUUGAAUUUAGUAAUUGCUCUAAUUUGGCAUCACUACCAGAAGAAAUAAGCAAUCUCACAUCACUUCAGGAGCUUGCAAUUAGUAAUUGCUCUAAUUUGUCAUCACUGCCAGAAGGGAUUCGUGGACUCCCCUGUUUAAAUAGAUUGAAAAUUUGGUGGUGCCCCAUGUUAAGCGAAAGAUGCAAGAAAGAAACAGAUGGCAUACCAUGUGGAUCAAUGAUUUUGGUAUGCAUUCAUUACCCACUAAAUUCAUUUUUUUUUAAUUUCUCUUUAAUUUCCUUCUUUUCAAUUAUAUAAUCUUAUAUGCAGUGAAUGGGGCGUCAACCUUUUGGAUUCAAUAUGUAAGGGCCAUGUUGAUUGCUUGAAGUGGUUGUAUAUGAUUUUAGUUUUGAUCGUCGGGGUUUUAAGUACUAUGUCCCCUCGUUGUAUGUUUUUUCUUUAAAUAAUAUAAUAUGGGCGUGAGGGCCUAGCCUCCUAGCUUCGACUGGGUUCCAGCCCUCAUUAAAUAUUUCUUUUUAA